UUCAAUAUCUUUGUGUUUAGUACUUUGGAGUUCAUCUGCUGAAAACAGUUCGCUUGUUACGGCUUCUACGCUUGCUGCAAAAGCUGGAGCGCUACUCCCAGUACAGCGCAGUGGUACUCACAUUACUCAUGUCCAUGUUUGCCUUGCUGGCACAUUGGAUGGCCUGUGUCUGGUAUGUCAUCGGCCGCAGUGAGAUUGAGAACAACAGCCCUGGUUCCUGGGACAUUGGCUGGUUGCAUGAGCUGGGUAAACGUCUGGGCACCCCCUAUUUUCUGUCCCCUCUUGCAUCCCUCAUUCCUGAUUCGCUGCGCCCCACCAUCUUGGAUGGACUGGUGGUCAAUUCAAGCCAGUGGAAUGGCACUGAUGUGGUGGGACAUGAGUCUGUGUGGAACUUGAGCCAAUGGAACACAACAGGAGCAGGGCCGAUGGGCACUUCAGAUGCAGGAAAGACUGGAGCAGUACUGGGAGGCGGGCCCUCUAUUCGGAGUUCAUAUGUGACUUCGCUGUACUUCGCUUUAAGCAGUCUGACUAGCGUGGGCUUUGGCAAUGUCUCAGCGAAUACUGACUCAGAGAAGAUCUUCUCUAUUUGCACCAUGCUGAUUGGAGCACUCAUGCACGCUGCGGUCUUCGGUAAUGUGACGGCCAUUAUCCAAAGGAUGUACUCACGCCGCUCGCUCUAUCACACUCGUACCAAAGACCUCAAAGAUUUCAUCCGCGUGCAUCGACUUCCCAAGGCCCUUGCGCAGCGCAUGCUGGAGUGCUUUCAGACGACAUGGUCUGUCAACAAUGGCAUCGAUGUCAGUGAGCUUCUGAAGGACUUCCCAGAUGAACUGCGGGCUGACAUUGCCAUGCACCUGAAUAAAGAGCUGCUCCAGCUGCCUCUGUUUGAAUCGGCCAGUCGAGGGUGUUUGCGCUCGCUGUCGCUCAUCAUCAAAACCUCUUUCUGUGCUCCAGGAGAGUUCCUCAUUCGCCAGGGUGACGCUUUGCAGGCCAUCUACUUUGUCUGCUCAGGCUCAAUGGAAGUGCUCAAGGACAACACUGUGCUAGCUAUACUGGGAAAGGGGGACCUGAUCGGAUCGGACUCGCUGACGAAAGAGCAGGUGAUAAAGACCAACGCAAACGUGAAAGCACUGACGUAUUGUGACCUGCAGUACAUCAGCCUAAAGGGACUGCGAGAAGUUCUGCGCCUCUAUCCUGAAUAUGCCCAGAAGUUUGUCAGCGAAAUUCAGCACGAUCUCACCUAUAACCUGCGGGAGGGCAGUGGAGCUGACCUGGACUGGGAAAGCAACGGUGGUCUGGUGAAGAAACUUCCUGCUAUCCGUGAAGAUGAGGAGCAUGAUGAGGAGCAGCACUCAGUAUCAAGGGCCUCACGUUCUCCCCUUCGCCUGACCCGGGCCCUAAGCUCCCCCCUGAGAUCGCCUCUUCUCCCCCCUCGCCCCUUCCGCCCUCCGUCAGACCACACGCGACCCGCCACCCUCCAGAUCCCUGUGGUCAGUUUCAGCAGUGCUCCUCCAGAACUCAGCCCCAGGUUUGUGGAUGGCAUAGAGACAGAAAGCAAUUCAAGCUCAACACAAAGGUUUGAGUUCGGUCCCACCCUACCUCAGAGCGGUCCCCCAUCCCCUUCUCCAGUGAACCAGGAGCAGCUGGAGACCAAGCAGAGCAUCACCAAACUGAGUGAGGAGAUGACUAGUCUAUCCCAGCAAGUCUCUCAGCUGAGCAAAGAGCUACAGGAAAUGACACGUCUCCUCAGGCCCUUGCUUGUCAUUGGAUCUCAACCUCUCCUGACAGCCGUCAGUCCAACAAUGCCUCCAUCUCCCAGCAGUCACAGCGGUCCAACAAUAUCCACACCACCAGCUCCUUCGCCCACAACCCCAUCGUCUGCACCGCUCAGACCAACUUGUUCCCUAUUGGACAGCGCAGACACUGGGAACAUUGGCUUGCUCAGCUGUCUCAUACCCUCCAGCCCCCCGCAGAGAACUCAAGCACAGGCUCAGGCAGGCUGUUCAAGCGGAUCUUCCUUGCCAGUCCUUCUUUCUCCAGUUAAAGCCCAAACGGAGGGAGAAGGCAUCCAGGCAGCUUCAGCCCUGCCACUGCAAACCAGCCAUCCUGCAUCCCCAUCUCUAACCUUUUCAUUCUCGCUCCCUACAUUCCGCUCCCAGUCUACUUCCUGCUCUCCCUGCCAGGGUCCUCACCGACCUGCCAGUCACAGCAGAGGUUUGCUACCUCAACCCCCCUCACAGGACACCCCACCUCCACCCCCCUCUCAUUGCUCUGCACCACCCUCGAUUCAUAACUCCCCUGGUGACGACAGGCAGGGGAUCAGUCCAUUUCCCUCAUCCCCUUCCUCCACUGCGCUUGCCCCUAGGGUCCAGCCACGGUCGUCCACCACUCCUCCUUGUCCGCACACCUCCCUACCCUUGCCCUGCUCCCUUGACGCCCUUCCUGAAACCCAGGCCUCUUUUGGCACCUCACGGUCCCCGCAGAACCUCAGGCCGGGACCUCCUCAGUUAGAGUUUGAGAUGCAAGAAUGGGCUGCAGGAGGGAGGCCUUCCACAGAGCAUAUCAGCUUCAUAGAUGAAGAGGGACCAGCACUGUGAGAGACUGAAAGAUAAAGACUAUGACUAGUUGACUUAACAAAUAAGGGAUCGGUGAACUGGGCCAACUACAAUUACCCCAACACACCUACAUUCUGAAUGACAGACAAAACUGAUUGCUGUUCCUUCAGGACGACACUCUUGUAAUUGGACAGAUUGUGGCUCUGUUCCAAACCCCAGUGAGCUAUCUACUUAUAAAUAGCAUUUUUAGGCAUCGUAGGCUUAGGCAUUUAGGUUUAAAAAAUCAGUUUAAGAUUAAAUUACACAACAAGGACGUGAAUGCAGUUUACAAGUCGGAAUCUUGUAUUUGUUGUAAUAUAAAAAUGUCAGGAAUGCAAAUUUGUUCACAGCAGACUCCAGUUCAUUUUAGCAUGCUGCUAACGCUAACAGAACUAGUCAACAAAGAAAAGUAUUGAUGGGAACAGUUCCACCUAAGUUUAAGUUAAAAUGUUUAGUCUAAUAUUGUGUCUCAGACUCUACUGGAAUCAACUGUGAACGGGUAUCUUAUAUUGCUGAUUAGGCUAAUGUGUUAUGAUUGUUUUUUAGUAUGAAUAUGGGAACUUAUCAGCUGGUCAGGCUGAAAGAAGCUGUUUUUCAGCAAGGAAACUGCUACUCAUGAAAGCGGUUUCAAUUUGGUCAUCUAUGGAGUUGUAGCUGCCAAUGUAGACAGCUUACAAUAAGGCAGCUUACUAUGAUUUGGAACAGAGUCACUGUGGUAUACACCACUUGGGAGCCCCUCAGUACCUGACACCAGCCAGUUACUCUCCUCUGAGCACAACUUCAUGGAGUUCCUCUUCUAAAGGCAUUACAGUCAACAUAAAGCAUGGUGACCAAAACCGCGAAAAUCACACUGUGGUCAUACCUUGCUAUGGGAAUUUAAUAUAACAAGUAAAAGUGCAAUGAUUACCUUGCAUGGCUGUGCACUAAUCAUGCACAGAAUAUAGGACAUGUCAGGUGGUGUUUCUUAUCUCUUUAUUACCAAAACAAUGUUUUUACUUUACAAAUUACCCACCUUAUGAAUCGAGUUCAUAUUUGAAUUUCCAGAAUUGAUAAAUUAAUGAGGUGUCACAACACAUUAUCCAUAAUACUUAAUUUUUUCAUCCGGUCUGUCCCAAGCCACUUAACACAUUCACUAGCCAGAAUCGUGAUGAGUUGCAUAUUUAGUCAGAUUGGAGACCUUGGGAAAUGCCUGUCCUCCACUUCUAAAAAAAUGAUCCAUUUCAGUUAGUUUAUAGAUGUAUUCAUUACAUUCAGUCCGAACAAAUAUAAUUAAGAGCUGAAAGUGUAACACUUUGUCACAUGCACAUAUACAACCAGGGUCCAAAAUUAACUUUUGCAACACCUGCAUAUAGUGGAUGAAUUUAGA